GCCCCCCCUCCCCCUCCCCAUUCAAAAACACAACAUAAAUCCCAGGGAUAGAUGAACUACAAAUGAGAAAGAGGAAAAGAUGGAACUGCACAUCCUAGAGCACAGGCUCAGAGUGGCCAGCAUAGCCAAGGAGAGCAUCCAGUUGUUUACCUAUGGAUUAAUCAAACUUGCUUUCCUGUCCUCUAAGACGAGGUGCAAGUUCUUCAGCCUCACAGAAACCCCUGAGGACUACACCAUCAUUGUGGAUGAGGAGGGCUUUCUAGAGCUCCCUUCCUCGGAACACUUGAGCGUGGCCGAUGCAACAUGGCUUGCCCUCAACGUGGUGUCUGGUGGAGGUGGUUUCUCCAGCUCCCAGCCCAUCGGAGUGACCAAAAUUGCCAAGUCAGUCAUAGCACCCCUAGCUGACCAAAACAUCUCAGUGUUUAUGCUCUCCACCUAUCAGACGGACUUCAUCCUGGUACGUGAGCGAGACCUCCCCUUCGUGAUGCACACGCUGGCUGCCGAGUUCACCAUCCUCAGAGUAGUCAAUGGGGAGACAGUGGCUGCUGAUGACUUCGGGGUAACAAAUGGAUUUGUCAAACCAAAACUAGUUCAGAGGCCUGUCAUUCAUCCUCUUUCCAGUCCAAGUAACAUGUUCUGCGUCACCAGCCUGGAUCCAGAUACCCUUCCCACAGUUGCUACACUCCUCAUGGAUGUCAUGUUUUACUCCAAUGGAGUAAAGGACUCAGUGGUGGGCAACGAAGACUCGGGACAUAUUCGCUUUUUCUCCUUUUCUCUCAUUGAGGGUUACAUCUCCCUGGUCAUGGAUGUCCAGACACAGCAGAGAUUUCCUAAUAAUUUGUUGUUUACAAGUGCAUCUGGUGAGCUGUGGAAGAUGGUGCGGAUUGGUGGGCAGCCUCUUGGCUUUGAUGAAUGUGGAAUUGUGGCUCAGAUUUCUGAGCCUUUGGCUGCAGCCGACAUCCCAGCCUACUACAUCAGUACUUUUAAGUUUGAUCACGCCUUGGUACCUGAAGAAAAUAUAAAUGGUGUGGUCAAUGCACUCCAAGUCAGUCAAGCUGAAAAACAUUAGAAAUCUUCUGAGCUGGUUCCAG